AUGCCCCCUCCUUCGCUUUCCUACGCCUCUCGCUCUUCCACGACGGGGUACGACCCCACGACCCUUUCCGAUGACGAGGACGACGCCUCCUCGACGACAACCUCGACGUCCCAGUCCUUCAGGGCAUCCGGAAUAAGUUACGAUGUCGUCCUCGGUUUUGCCGAUGGUCCGAUCGCUUCGACGUCCUCGGUCGAGCUCGAGGAUUGGAAAAUUUCUAGAAUAGGGGGCGAGCCAGUGCGUCCCCUUUUUGCUGCCUUGUCGUAUCUCUUCCACACGUUCCUACCCUGUUCUUUGUCAAUAUUAUGCAUUCCCCACAAAGUGGAGGCCGUAAUUUGGAGAUCUGACCUUUCAACCUCUCCGUGUGCCCACGUGAUCAAACAGACUUUCCCACCUCUCGGUUCGGCCCCUCCGACCUCUUCGACGCUUUGCCCAAGCUGCAACCGUCUGAUGCGUCUCGUUACGCAAAUAUACUGCCCACUCGAAACGUCCCUCUACGAAAGGGUCGUCUACCUCUUCGGGUGUUCGAACAAGACCUGUCGAGGGAAAGCGACGAGCUUGAGGGCAUGGAGAGCUUUGAGUAAAUGGGUUGAUCCGGAGGAGGUGAAGAGGAAGAAGAGGGAGGAGGAGGAUCAAGUCAGGAAGGGAACGGAGGUCAAGGUCGAUCUGGGGAGUUUGAUAUUUGGUGGCGCCGGUGGAGAAGGGGCGACGAAGGCGUUCAAUCCUUUUGCUGCGCGUUCAAACUCGGCUUCACAUCCUUUCGCUCCUGCGGCGUCGACAUCUACGAAGCCUGUGCACGAUGCUCCUCCGACGAAUCUAGACCCUACCUCGCCUACUGAAACGCCCACCUUUCGUACCUGGCCUGGUCAUCCUUCGAUCGCUGCCCAGUAUCUCGCCACAUCCUACGAGCCGACCCCUUCCACCUCGGCAACAAAAUCGACUCGGCAGCUCGAAUCGACCUUGUCCAACCUAUCGCUCAGGGAUGGCGAUGCAAGGACUUCCCAGCAUCGAGAAGGAAAAUCGGCCGGUGGCCGAACCAAGAAAGGCGCGUUUUCUGCGAGUGCCUCGAGUCGAUCGACAGGGGGUGCGGAAGGGGAAGCUUACGAGGUGCAAAAGAUCAAAGGGGUUGAUGAGGUCUUCCUGAGAUUUCAAGAACGUGUGGCAAGGGAACCUGAACAAGUCAUUAGGUACGUUGGGUGGGGUAGGCACUUAAGCCCUGGUACACCGAUCGAGAGAUCCUCUGUGUUGACACGACCCUCGCUUUCGCAUAGGUACGAAUUCGCAGGUGAACCUCUACCCUUUUCCGCCAAGUCGGCACCCUACCAAAAGAUCUACCAACCCUCCUCCGAUGGGAUCGGGAUCUACUCCUCUCGUCGAGUCCCGGUUUGUAAGACUUGCAAAUCUCCCAGCGCGUUCGAAUACCAAGCGAUGCCGAACCUUGUGAACAUCCUCAAUAAAGCCUCUCGGGGACGACCGAACGAAGGAGAGGAAGAAGAGGAGGACUCGUUCGAUUGGGCUUCGGUGUGGGUUUUUACUUGUGCGUAUGAGUGCGUGAACGAACAGAGUCAACAAGCUUGGCGGGAGGAUAUCAUUCUUAUCGAAUGGGAGGAGUGA